AUGCAGGGGAGACUUAACUCUAACGCAACAGGAGAUUCAGGAGGAUCUUGGUCAGCUGGUAAUAACAAUUCGAGUCAAUGGCUUCAGAUCGACCUUCUUGAUCAAAGAAAUAAUGUGACCCGUGUAGCUACUCAAGGAAGACAUGAUGCCAGCCAGUGGGUAACAAAGUACAAGCUGCAGCACAGUAAAGAUGGUAUAAGCUUCAGCUUUUAUCGGGAACCAGGAGAUACAGCAGUGAAGGUGAUAUUAGUAUUUGUUUGCAUUAUUUUUUAUAGAAAAAGGAUCAGAAAAACAUUAAAAAAAUGUGUACUUCUUUACCUAGGUUGCCUUUACAUUUGCAAGCGAGUAUAAUUUUCCCGACAUUUGGAAAUCAGUGCCUUAUACAUAACUAAGCCUGAAGCAGUUUGGAGUAUUUUUUUAUUCCUCUUCUUUUUUUAGGUUUUUGAUGGAAACAAAGACCGGAAUUCUAUUGUUUAUAAUGAACUUAACCCACCCAUCACAGCACGUUUCAUCCGCUUUCAACCAGUGUCUUGGUAUGGUCAUAUAUCGAUGCGAGUAGAACUGUAUGGCUGUCAAGGUACUGAAAAAAUCACAUUGUAA